CCGCCGAACCAGCCAGCGAGCGGGCGCUGCAACCCGCGCCCCGCGCCCCGCUCCUCUCCGCUGCUCUCCGCGCCAGAGCCGGGCGCGCCAGGAACGGGGCCCCUUCUCAUCUCUUUCCCUGUCCGUGCUUUCCUCCCCUUUUGCUUUUGCUGCUUUUGCUCUCAACCCCUGGAGGCCCAGGACUACUGGACCCACCCACCCACCCACCCCUCUGAGGCCAUGGGUUCUCUGCUUGGGUUCCUGGGACUGCAGCUGCUGUGGGGCAUUGUGGCUGAGGGCCCCACCAAGAAGGUGCUGACCCUGGAGGGGGACCUGGUGCUUGGUGGGCUGUUCCCAGUGCACCAGAAGGGCAGCCCAGCAGAGGAGUGCGGUCCAGUCAACGAGCACCGUGGCAUCCAGCGCCUGGAGGCCAUGCUUUUUGCGCUGGACCGCAUCAACCGCGACCCACAUCUGUUGCCAGGUGUGCGCCUGGGUGCGCACAUACUUGACAGCUGCUCCAAAGACACGCAUGCCCUGGAGCAGGCGCUUGACUUCGUGCGAGCCUCACUCAGCCGAGGCGCUGACGGCUCACGCCACAUCUGCCCUGAUGGCUCUUAUGCCACCCAUGGGGAUGCCCCCACCGCCAUCACUGGUGUCAUCGGUGGCUCCUACAGUGACGUCUCCAUCCAGGUGGCCAACCUCCUGAGGCUAUUUCAGAUCCCACAGAUCAGCUAUGCCUCCACCAGUGCCAAGCUGAGCGACAAAUCCCGCUAUGACUACUUUGCCCGCACGGUGCCUCCCGACUUUUUCCAAGCCAAGGCCAUGGCCGAGAUCCUCCGCUUCUUCAACUGGACCUAUGUGUCCACUGUGGCGUCUGAGGGGGACUAUGGCGAGACAGGCAUCGAAGCUUUUGAGCUGGAGGCCCGCGCCCGCAACAUCUGUGUGGCUACCUCGGAGAAGGUGGGGCGGGCCAUGAGCCGCUCGGCUUUUGAGGGUGUGGUUCGAGCCUUGCUACAGAAACCCAGCGCCCGCGUGGCUGUGCUGUUCACACGCUCCGAGGAUGCCCGCGAACUCCUGGCCGCCGCCCAGCGCCUCAACGCCAGCUUCACCUGGGUGGCCAGCGAUGGCUGGGGGGCACUGGAGAGUGUGGUGGCGGGCAGUGAGCGGGCUGCAGAGGGUGCCAUCACGAUUGAGCUGGCCUCCUACCCCAUCGGAGAUUUUGCCUCCUACUUCCGCAGCCUGGACCCCUGGAACAACAGCCGGAACCCCUGGUUCCGUGAAUUCUGGGAGCAGAGGUUCCGCUGCAGCUUCCGGCAGCGAGACUGUGCGUCCCACUCACUGCGGAUGGUGCCCUUCGAGCAGGAGUCCAAGAUCAUGUUUGUGGUCAAUGCUGUGUAUGCCAUGGCCCAUGCACUGCACAACAUGCACCGGGCCCUGUGCCCCAACACCACCCGCCUCUGUGAUGCCAUGCGGCCUGUCAACGGGCGCCGUCUCUACAAGGACUUCGUGCUCCACGUCAAGUUUGAUGCCCCCUUCCGCCCAGCCGACACCCACAGCGAGGUCCGCUUCGACCGCUUCGGGGACGGCAUCGGCCGAUACAACAUCUUCACCUACCUGCGAGCCGGCGGCGGCAGUCGCUACCGCUACCAGAAGGUGGGCUACUGGGCGGAAGGCCUGACCCUGGACACCAGCCUCAUCCCCUGGGCCUCAGCCUCCAAGGGCAUCCUGCCGGCCUCUCGCUGCAGCGAGCCCUGCCUGCAGAACGAGGUGAAGAGUGUGCAGCCCGGCGAGGUCUGCUGCUGGCUCUGCAUCCCCUGCCAGCCCUACGAGUACCGGCUGGACGAGUUCACCUGCGCCGACUGCGGCCUGGGCUACUGGCCCAACGCCAGCCUGACCGGCUGCUUCGAGCUGCCACAGGAGUACAUCCGCUGGGGCGACGCCUGGGCCGUGGGGCCCGUCACCAUCGCCUGCCUGGGCGCCCUGGCCACCCUCUUCGUGCUGGGCGUCUUCGUGCGGCACAACACCACGCCGGUGGUCAAGGCCUCGGGCCGGGAGCUCUGCUACAUCCUGCUGGGCGGCGUCUUCCUCUGCUACUGCAUGACCUUCGUCUUCAUCGCCAAGCCGUCCACGGCUGUGUGCACCUUGCGGCGCCUGGGGCUGGGCACCGCCUUCUCCGUCUGCUACUCGGCCCUGCUCACCAAGACCAACCGCAUCGCCCGCAUCUUCGGUGGGGCCCGGGAGGGAGCCCAGCGGCCCCGCUUCAUCAGCCCCGCCUCGCAGGUGGCCAUCUGCCUGGCGCUCAUCUCGGGCCAGCUGCUCAUUGUGACGGCUUGGCUGGUGGUGGAGGCCCCGGGCACCGGCAAGGAGACGGCCCCCGAGCGGCGGGAGGUGGUGACCUUGCGCUGCAACCAUCGCGACGCCAGCAUGCUGGGCUCGCUGGCCUACAACGUGCUCCUCAUUGCGCUCUGCACGCUCUACGCUUUCAAGACCCGCAAGUGCCCCGAGAACUUCAACGAGGCCAAGUUCAUCGGCUUCACCAUGUACACCACCUGCAUCAUCUGGCUGGCCUUCCUGCCCAUCUUUUACGUCACGUCCAGUGACUACCGGGUGCAGACCACCACCAUGUGUGUGUCUGUUAGCCUCAGUGGCUCGGUGGUGCUCGGCUGUCUCUUUGCACCCAAGCUGCACAUCAUCCUCUUUCAGCCGCAGAAGAAUGUGGUUACCCACCGGGCACCCACCAGCCGCUUUAGCAGCACCGCCGCCAGGGCCAGCUCCAACCCCGGCCAAGGCUCAGGCUCCCAGUUCGUCCCCACAGUGUGCAAUGGCCAAGAAGUGGUCGACUCCACAACAUCAUCGCUUUGAGGACCCUCGCUCUUGCUCCGACCGGUUGCUCCCCAGACCUGGUGCAAGGGUCGCACCCAGGGCCAGAAGGAAGCUGGCUAGAGCACUGCAAUAAUGCCAACCCCAUGCCUGCCUCCCUCCUUCACCACCCCUCCAUUUACUCCAAGUCUUCAGAGUCAGAAGUCAGGGUCCCUGGCCAGGGAGCCUCGGCAGCAGUCACUCACUGUCCUGCAGCUGUGUCUUCCCCAAGCCAGGGUCCACUCUGUCCUGGGUCCGGGUGGCUGAGGACUGUCGGCCCCACCCGCAAUCAGAAAGGUGCUUCUAGCCCUUCCCUUCCCUCCUUCUAGGGCCUUUUAACUUUUUUAAUAUGUUAUUCUGGGAUGGGGAGGGGGGUUGUGAUGGGGGGUGGCUCUUCCCCCCUGCACAGUAGUCUGUCCUGUGAUUUAUUUUGUAUUAUCUGUAAAUAAAGUGUCUUUAGUAAAAAAAAAAAAAAAAAGAAAAGGAAAAUCCCCUUCCUGUGGCCCAGGGAGGAUUCUUGUGCCCUGUCACAGCUCCCCAAGCUUCAUUUUCUGCCAGUCUCUGUGAAGUAGAGUCUGCCCUGUGCCCAGAGCUAUAGCUCCCUGCCUGGUGGACAUGAAUAAACUUUUUCCCUCAAAAGGGGCCUGCUUUAGAGGACUAUAGUGUGAGAGCGAGGAGUUUAGAUGGACACAGGCACACCUGGCAGUUCAGGGGAACCCUGAGGGGUGUGUGUGUGUGUGUGUGUGUGUGUGUGUGUGUGUGUGUGUGUAUGGGGUGGUGGUGGCAGAAGCAUCAGAUGCUUGAACACCUGGAGUGACGGGCUUCUCCACAGAGAAGCCAUGGUGGGUGCAGAGGCAGGCGGGGGGCCCUGCAUGGAAGGAAUGAACUUCACCUGUUUGCACAGCACAUGCAAAGCCAGAGAGCGCUCAGGAGGGAGAGGGAAGGGCGUGAAGCAGGGAGGGCAUGGCUGGGCAGUGGUGAGGCCAUCAGCUCUCAGCCUGGGGAGAAGGCAAAGAAGAAGCACUUUCUUCAGCGCAAGAUUCCCAGAACCCUUCUGGCCCCUAGACCUGCGGUGAAGCUCUGAGCCUUUGGGCAACUCCUGCAUUACUGUCAGGGGCUCACCAGCAGAGGGCGCUGAGACACAGUGUGGACCGGAUCAAGGGGCAGCAGGUGGCACAGGGUGGCAGGGAGCUCCAGGCUCCGAAUCACAUUGGGACAAAGUCCCACAGUGCGACAGGGGCAGACAGAGGACAUUUGUUAU